AUGGGCGCUGACCAUUUGAUCCGCUAUGUGCGGUCCCACACCCUUGAGAAGCCGGAACUCUUGAAGCUCCAUGCGGCGGGCCAUACUGGCAAGCGCAAACGGCCGCCUCCCAGCAACGGUCGUGUUCCGCAAGCCUGCGCGACAUGCGCCGAGUCCAAGCUGAAAUGCGACGUGGAAAAGCCCUGUAAGCGCUACAAGGAGAAAGGGUUAGACUGCGAGUGGCCGGCCAGUGGCCCUAAAUGCUACCGGGAAGUGCCUAUUUUGUGA